AUGGAGUCGUCUGCGAAUAAACACCGCCGAAAUAUGUCGAAAUCCUCUCGUCCUCGGAGCUCUACCAAAGGCCCGUUGGAUGCCCCAGAAGAUUUGCCCUCAUCUGCCCCGGAUUCUCUUUCAAUGGCACGGGUCCUUUCACCAACCUUGUCUGGAGAAGGCGUUGGUGGGACAUCUCUUGGAGCGCUAGACCCCCUAAUGUCGGGCGACCUCUUCUCUUCCCAUGGCAAAGACCUGUCGUAUCUUCUACGAUCGGAUAUUUAUCACCCACUCUCACAACUCAGUGUUCCGCCUGCUCUUCGUACCGAGUUUGUUGUGCCCGUUCCAGGGGAAACUGUGUCAACUCUGCUCGGUGCUCUUGAGCGGUUGUUAGCAGAGGGUCACUUUCUAGUUGCAGCACACCUCUGUGCGACGCUGUUGACACCCUCAUUUAUUUCUGCAACCGAUUCCAAUUCCAUCUUCACGGUUCUUUACCUGCGACUUGCCUGUCUAGAACUAUCAGGCAAUGCAAUUCUUGCCGCGCAGGAAUCGAAAGCUCUGGAAGACUUGAGCUCCACGUUCUACUACGUGGGGACUGACCAGAAAGCCUCUGAGGGAGCGCCAGAACACGGUCAUCAUGGAGCUCCUCGUCAUAUUGUGCCGUGGCCUCUCCGACUCCUCGCCGUGAGACUACAGAGUAUUGGCUUUGGCGAUCCUCGCAGAGGUAUUGGUGGGCUCUACGAACUGGGCCUUGAGGCACGGAGAGAAAUACUCCGACCGGGGACCACGAACUCCGAGAGGGCUAUAUGGAGCGACAGACUGGCCGAUCUGGGUGUUCGGAGCGUCAAUGCCCUCAUCGAGAUGGGGGACCUUGAAACAGCUCGACGAUCUCUCGCCAACUUGACAGCAAGUAGGACUAUGGACCACGUCGCCAGGACAAGGAAGGCUCUCCUGUUACUGAAGAUUGGCGAUUUAGAUGCCGCCAAGAAACUCCAAAGCGAGGCCGGUGAAUCAGAUGAUUCGCUUCUGAAACCCCUGCUUAGUAUGGCAGAAGGUCGGUACCUCGACGCGACAUCUGAAUGGCGAGCUCUUCUGGACAGCGCAUUCCAGGAAUCCGAGAGAGCAAUGAUUGUUCAUAACCUAGCGGUGUGUCUAUUGUAUACCGGACAGCUAAAUGAGGCCCGCCCGUUUCUGGAGUCCUUGAUUUCAGAAAACAACUCGUUUGGCAGUCUGACAUUCAACUUAUCGACUAUCUACGAGCUGUGCUCUGAAAAGGCCGCUACGUUGAAGACACAGCUAGUAGAGAGAGUUUCGAAACAACCUGUCUCUGGACAUACAAACCUUGAGCAUCCGAACAGCGACUUCAAAUUAUGA